AUCUCACAAACCUGCAGGUAAUCUCUUUAAGUGAUAGUAAAAGUAUGAUCUGAUCCUUUCUGGUUUUCCCUGCAGGUGUGUGAGUGUGUGUUAAUUAGGGUGUGUCGUGUCUGGAUCUACAGGUUUUCAUUCAUGUAAUGCAAGUCUCUAAAAUAGUUCCUGUGUGAGUCAGAAGUGUGAGUAUUGUUAUCUUGGCUAAUAAGUAGAAUUACAGGACAGUUCUGUUCACUUUUCUCCAACAGAGAACCAGGAAACAAAAUCUUCACACUGUAAAAUGGCAGAAGCUAAUGUUUCACUGGCUCAGGAUGAGUUCAGCUGUUCAGUCUGCCUGGAUCUCAUGAAGAAUCCAGUGACUAUUCACUGUGGACACAGUUUCUGUAUGGUGUGUAUUAAUGGGUUCUGGGAUGAGGAGGAUCAGAAGAAGAUCUACAGCUGCCCUCACUGCAGACACACCUUCACCUCAAGACCUGUCGUGAGUAAAAACGCCAUGCUGGCUGAGGUGGUGGAGAAACUGAAGAAGACGAGAUUCCAGGCUGCUCCUCCUGAUCACUCUUCUGCUGGACCUGAAGAUGUGGAGUGUGAUUCCUGUACUGGGAGAAAACACAAAGCCGUCCAGUCCUGCCUGGUGUGUCUGGCCUCUUUCUGUGAAGCUCACCUCCAGCCUCACUACCAAUCUCCAGCCUUUAAGAAGCACAAGCUGGUCAAAGCCUCCAGACGACUCCAGGAGCAGAUCUGCUCUCAGCACGAUAAACUGCUGGAGGUUUACUGUCGCACCGACCAGCAGUGUAUCUGCGUGCUGUGUACGAUGGAUGAUCAUAGAGGACAUGAUACAGUGUCACUUGCAGCAGAAAGAUCACAGAAACAGAAGCAGGUGGUGGAAACACAGAGGAAAUACAAGGAAAGAAUACAGGAGAGAGAGAAGGAGCUUCAGGAGUUAAUAGAGGCUGUGGAGAAUCACAAGCGCUCUGCUCAGACAGCAGUGAAGGACAGUGAGAAGAUCUUCACUGAGAUGAUCCUCUCCAUUGAGAGAAGACGCUCUGAGGUGAGGCAGAUGAUCAGAGAUCAGGAGAAAGCUGCAGUGAGUCGAGCUGAAGAACGUCUGAAGAGACUGGAGCAGGAGAUCACAGAGCUGAAGAGGAGAGAUGCUGAUCUGGAGAAGCUUUCAUUCACAGAGGAUCACAUCCAUUUC